CAGUUCAGAAUGUCCAUCCUGGAACGCCUAGAGCAGAUGGAGCGAAGGAUGGCAGAGAUGGCCGGUCAGCAGCAGCAACAGCAACUGAGCAGUGGAGGACCAUCUGAGAGUGGAGGAACCGGAACAGGAGGAGAAGGAGGAAGAAGCAAUUCUGAACAGUUCUCACCAGGUCAGGGUCAGAGCCAGGGUCAAGGUCCAGCUGGCAACUCCUUUGAGAGCCGUGUGGUGGUAGUUUGUGAAAAGAUGAUGAACCGCGCAUGCUGGGCCAAGUCCAAGCACCUGAUCCACUCCAAGACGUUCAGGGGCAUGACUCUUCUUCAUCUGGCAGCCGCCCAAGGCUACACCACACUUAUCCAAACACUUAUCAAGUGGCGCACUAAGCACGCAGACAGUAUUGACCUGGAACUUGAGGUCGAUCCUCUAAACGUGGAUCAUUUCUCUUGCACACCACUGAUGUGGGCUUGCGCUUUGGGUCAUAUGGAAGCAGCAGUGGUUCUGUAUAAAUGGGAUCGGCGAGCUUUGGCCAUCCCAGAUUCUUUGGGUCGCUUACCGCUGGCUAUUGCCCGGUCCCGUGGCCAUACCAAGCUGGCAGAGUGUCUGGAAAGCCUUCAAAGGGAGGAGCAGCAGUCAGGAGCACUGAAUACAACUCCCAGCAUGCCUUUCUCACCAUCUACUGAGGCCUCAGCCGCAGAGGGGUGGAUGAAUGUUUGGGGUUCAGAGACAUCUUCAGUUGGGCUGAAAGGAAGCAAUAUCACUAGUUCUGCUUCCAGUUCCAGCUCAGACUUGAGGAGACCCAGGUCGGAACCAUCUAGUUUCUAUAGCAGCGUUAGUCACGGGGAUGCCCCGUUGAGCAAGAAACACAAACCCAACCCUGAGACCCUUCAAACUCUGCCCAGCAAACCCUGCUCUGCACCUCUCGGACUAGAAGAACAGGCCCACAAGCCUAAAACGUGCCCUUCUAAACCAAGGGAAGGUACUGCGGAGAAAGAGCAAGGAGAUGGUGAGCAGUCUCAGACUAAGCUGGGCUCAACUUGUGGAGGUGGGUGCUGGGGUUCCAGACAGGCUGCAGGACGCAGAGUGCCAACUGUAGGACUUGGCAAGGAAAGGCUCACGAACAGACUGAGAUUAAGAGAGAUUGCUAGUGCGGGAACAAUCUCUGAUCUGCGGACAACCCAAGAGAAUCUGGAGAACACAGGAGACCUGCAGAACAUGAACAUGAUGACUUUAGCAGAGGAAGUCAUUGAGGCGACAUCUGAUCGCAUCAAGAGGGAAAACUUUGUUGCAUCAGAAACUACACUGGAUGGUGUUGGAGUCAGCAGCACCAUGUCCAUGAGCUGGUUGGCCAGUUACCUUGGAGAUGCAGAGAGGUUCCUGUUUAACAAGCCCCUAACUUCCUCUCCUGGCCUGGGCCCAGUCCACGGUGGAGGACAGCCAGAACUCGAUGGUCCUCUUGGGAAGCUUGGCCUCCAGACCCCUGCUGAAUGGACUGCGCUCCUCAAUGCCUCCCACAACAAGGAGGAGCGCGACCUGACCCAGCUGGCCCUGUCUGAUCCCGAACAGAGAGAACUUUAUGAGGCAGCUCGGCAGGUCCAGAACACCUUCCGCAAAUACAAGGGUCGUCCGCUUCGAGAGCAGCAGGAACUGGCAGCUGCUGUCAUUCAGCGCUGUUAUAAGAGGUACAAACAGCUGACAUGGAUAGCCUUGAAGUAUGCACUUUAUAAGAAGAUGACGCUGGCCGCCAUCCUUAUCCAGAGUAAAUUCCGCAGCUACCACGAACAGAAGAAGUUCCAGCAGAGUCGCAGGGCAGCCAUGCUGAUCCAGCAAUAUUACCGCAGCUACAAAGAGCUUGGCCGGCCGAACCCACGCAGCCGAGCCACUGCAGCUGCACUGGUGCAGCAAAAACUCAGAAGCAGUUUACUGACCAAGAGACAAGACCAGGCUGCCAGAAAAAUAAUGAGGUUUCUGCUGCGGUGCCGUCACAGCCCCUUGAUGGACCAUAGACUAUUCAAACGGGGCGAAAGAAUUGAGAAAGGCCAAGGAACAUGAGAGCGCAGCAAAGAGCCCCGUCGCAAUGUAACAUCUGUGAGCGGACUCUUUCUCUUCAUUGCGUUUUUAUGAGAGACAAACAAUUUACGAAAAAAGCAAAAAUUAUUCAGGAAGGGGGAGACGGAAGAUCAUCGGAUAUGCGACGGUUGAACUCUAGCAGCGUUGUGACUGAUUCUGCUCCUGCAUUGUGUAUUUUCUUGCUACCGGGGAACUGAAAUCAAGACUAUUGGGGAAAUAUGACAUUAUCUUCAUGGCAUUUUUGCACUCUUCAUAGGUUUUUUUUCUUUAGAUUACAAAAAAAAACAAAACAAAGGAAGACCAAGGAGCAAAGACUUUUUAUUCCAACGACGCUUGUAAAAUAUCACGCGACAUGAACAGAUCAACGUCAGAAAAACGUCAUGCUGGAAGCCGCUUCAGAUUACAUUUUUAUAUUUUGAAAGGAAAAAAGACAACAAUCAACAAGUUUGGGGGGGGGGGGG